CAACGAAGGAAAAGUGCCGGAAGUUGUUCCUCAGAGCAGGAAGCAGCGCUGCAGUCUGCCGGAAGUGACAAAAGCGAGUCAAAGUCGCUCUUUUACAGACUGCGCGGUAGAAACCUUUAAACCUCUGCACUUGUGACGUGACUUCCGAUGUUUCCAGGCCCCUUUAUAGUAAAUUCUUCACAAUGGGGGUACACGGCCUGACAAGUUAUGUGGAAGGAAACCAGCAGUUCUUCACUGAUCUAAAGCUGAGAAACACCCAUCUUGUGAUUGAUGGCUGCAGCCUGUAUUUCCGUCUGUACUUCACCACUGGCUUGGACCAAAUAAGGGGAGGAGACUACGAUGCAUUUGCUAAAGUGGUGCAGCGUUUUUUUGAUGCUCUGUCUUCAUGCAACGUGAGUCCAUUUGUGGUUUUCGAUGGUGGAAUGGACGAGACAGAUAAGAAGUUCAAAACUCUGCGGGAGCGAGCUCAGAGUAAAAUACAUGAAGCUCAUUCCCUGUCCCGAGGGUCUCAUGGCAGCGUUCUGCCCCUGCUUACACGUGAAGUCUUCAGGCAGCUCCUCUGUGAGCUUGCUGUACCCCUGGUGCAGUGUAUCUCUGAAGCUGACUUUGAGAUCGCCUCUCUAGCACAUCAGUGGCGAUGUCCAGUCCUCACCAAUGACAGUGACUUUUACAUUUUUGAUUUGUGUGGUGGCUACCUGCCAAUGACGUUCUUUGAGUGGGACAAUGUUUGCAGUAAGGCAUCGGAGCGUUACAUCCCUGCACGUCGAUUCACCGUUAACCGCUUCUGCUCGCACUUCAACCACAUGAACAAGCAGCUGCUGCCACUGUUCGCUGUCAUCACUGGUAACGACUACACACAUGCAAAAACCACAGAGAUGUUCUUCAGCCGGGUGGAAUUACCGAUAGUACCAAGACGGAGGGGAAGUCAAUCCAACCCCCGGAUUGAAGGCUUUUUGCGCUGGCUGUCAGCAUUUACCAACCCUGUGGCUGCGCUGGAGGAAGUAUUGGAGAUCCUGGGAGGCAAGCAGAAAGGCAACCUCCGAAAGCAACUCACAGCAGGGAUUCAGGACUAUCAGCUUCCACCUACCAGCAGUCUGGCCCACUUCUUCUCAAACAGUCAACUACAAACAUAUGAUCCCCUGAAGCUUCCGGCAGCAUUGACGUCACAGCCAGAGUGGCUCUUGAAGAGGAUCACAUCAGGCAGUCUGCCCCCUCUGGUGUUGGAUGUUCUGGUGCUCCGGAGAGCCAUUUUGAUAGCUCAGGUAGAAAAUAGUCGUCUGCCUAGUAGUCAUGAAGCCUCACUGAACAUUCGCAAGACGAUCUAUGGCUUGCUCCUACUCAGGAAUGCGAUGCAGGGUAAUGCUGGUCGUGGACAGAGGGGUAGAGGAGGGGGAGGAAUGAAGAGGGGGGCGUUGACUGAACAGGCUCAGAGGUUGAGCGCCCCGUGUUUUGUGGAGGAAUAUGACAGGCUCGAGCUCAAUCUCAGGAGAACCACAGUGGAGGCUCAGCUACCUACACAUCACCCACAGCUCAGCCUGAACACUUUAGACCAGGUGGCCACAUCUGUGAAACUCAAGGUGUUGUUAGGAACUCUGGGGGUGAUGGAGCAUGUGCUACAGCUCGUAGUUCCACAUCUCCACCUGCCUGUGUGUGUGACAUAUUUUUGGGCACACUCCUCCACACCAAAGCCCAGCCACUCACUGCUGCAGUGUGUGGUGCUAGGGCUAGUGUAUGGUGAACUGUGCAGACGCAAGGUCAUGCUUGAAGAUCCCCUGCAUGUGUGUGCUUCAACUGCCAAAGUCUGCCAGCGAUUAGACCAACUGAGAAUUAACUCCGCCCAGAGGAGGGGUGUAGACUUGGGUGUGGCUCAUUCUCUUAGCCAGUGGCAGUCUUGCAUGUGGGCCGGGAUUUACCUGAACCAGCUGUUGUGUUUCCCACUCCAUGAGCCUCGGUGUGCCUGGCUGUUCAGUGGUACUUUGCUGCAUGGAUUAGAGGCUGCACUGCGAGGAGGUCAUCAGGCUGAGUCUUUGCUGGCUGGUGCUCCUGAUGCACUGCAGCUCUACUCCACCCUGCUGGGGGCCGUACAGGGUUUUGUUCCCCAGGACCAGGCUGCCCACCACACUGCACCAUUUCCAGCAGCGGGAACCAGCAGGCAGAGAGGGCAGGGUAGGAGGCAGCGUGGUGCUGGUGGAAGAGGGAGGCACAGCAGACGUCGAGGGGGAGUGUCUGCUUCUGGUGAUUUGAAUAACAGGUUUGGUAUGCUCACCUGUGAGGAUGAGUCAGAUGAGGACUGAAAAUUGGGAAGGAAAUAGUUUAAAAAAUAAAAUUGAUAGGGAAAAAAGUAUUCAGACACUAUUUUAAUAUUUAGACAACAGUUAUUUCCGGUCCGCUAAUCUGAUUGGACGAGCAGCGUUCUGAGAGUUCUGAUAUUCAGUGUAACGGCACUGGGGCGUGUCACUGUGUCACUCCACUCGUCUGUGUUCACUACAUAAGAUUACAAUUCUAGCAAUAGUUCAUUACACUGAAUCCGUUACUACAUUUUAAUACAGGCUGUCAGUCAGUCUGUGUGUUACUAUGGCAACACGCAACACUCUAUCCGGCUGUGGCUUCUUACCUUUGAUUACCUGUGGCCUUGUGCCUAAACCGAAUCACAGCCAUGCUGUACUGUCACUACAAUGGCAUUCUUGCUUAUGAGAUAUAUAUAUAUAU